AUGGAGAGUAUCACUGAUCCAGAGAAUAAACCUUUGAUAAUAUAAUUUGGAGGAGGACCAGGAUGUAGUAGCUUGGCUGGGCUUAUUUCAGGAGUAGGACCCUAUGUGAAAUUAUGGGGCAGUGAUAAAAUUGAGUUAACAGAGAAUCAAUAUUCACUACAUAAAUUAGGGAAUGUUUUAUAUUUGGAUAUCCCUGCAGGAGUUGGAUAUUCUACACUUCACGAUGAUAAUUAUUAAUGGAGUGAUACAAAUACAGGGCUUGAUUCCUAUGAAACAAUUAAAACUUGGUUAAAUGCAUUUCAAAACUAUAAGGCUAGAGAGAUCUGGUUCAGUGGAGUUUCAUAUUCUGGUAUGUAUAUACCAUGUGUAGCAGAAGUUGUAGUUAAUAAAAACAAAUAAUUUCCUGAUGAUAAAAUUAACUUAAAAGGCAUAAUGAUUGGUAAUGGAGUUUUGGUCAACGAAGAUGAGUUUAUUUUUAAAUUGAAUAGAGAAUAUUUAAUUAAAAGGAAUUUUUUUGAUUUAAUAACUUAAAAUGUAAUGAAAGUCUCAUGCACAAAAUAUCCAAAUUCUGCUAGCUGUUAAAGAGCUUUGGAAAGGGAAAAAAUU